AGAUCAGUGAACGCCAUGAAGUCGUUGAUUGUGUUGCUGUGUGGUCUAUUUGCCGCAACGGCAGUAAAUUUGCCAGGAGUACCGGUGGACUUCGAGUUGGAGGAUAAAGUGCUCUCGGCCAUCUCCGAUGAUGUGGCUCAGCGCUUGGAGCAAGAGUACUACACUUUUUUGAAAACCGGAGUGGAAACUCCAGCGUUUCAAAAACUAACACAACAACUGGCCAAGGCACAUACCAAAAAGGAUAUAUUUACCAAGAAUCUGCCCGACUUGGAGACACGCGAUAGCUUUGUGGUUUGCACACUGUGUCGCUCCGUGAUCAACGUUUUCAUUCGAUCCGUGCGCGAAGAAGGCGGCGAGCUGAAUGGCAAAGACAGCGCUGUGCUCAUGAAGAAGAUUGCGAUGGACGUGUGCCGCCGCAUGGAACUCCAAACGGAGGAGGUGUGCGAGGGUCUGAUCGACUUCAAUCUACCAACUGUGGAGUACAUAAUGCGCAACUCGGAAAUGGAUUCACACAGCUUUUGCUCCCUCUUCAUGGAGGUCAGUUUCUGCAACACGGGCAGCAACCCGGCCUACAACUGGACCUUGACUGUCGACAACAAAGUCCCCGCACCAAGUGGCCCCAAGUCGGAUACGCCGACUCACAGUGCCAACGACUUCAAAAUAUGCCAAUUCAGCGAUAUUCACCACGAUCCGCUGUAUGAGCCGGGCAGUCUGGCGGCCUGUCCCGAGCCGCUGUGCUGUCAGCGGCAUAAGAGCACCACGGGGAGCACCAGCGACGCUGCCGGCUUCUGGGGCGACUAUCGGGAUUGCGACUUGCCCUGGCGAUCAUUCGAGUCGGCGCUCGAUCAUGCUGCCAAAACGGUGGACUGCAAAUAUAUCUAUCAAACUGGCGACAUCGUUGAUCACAUGGUCUGGGGAACGUCUGUGAAGAAGAACUCUGAUGUGCUGAGCAGGGUAUCCGAUCAGUUUAUCAAAGUGUUUCCCAAGACACGCGUGUUCCCUUGCAUUGGCAACCAUGAGCCACACCCACUCAAUCUCUUCAGCCCCGAAGGAGUGCCGGAUGAGAUCAGCACCAAGUGGCUGUACGAGCACCUGUACAAGGACUGGUCCAAGUGGCUUCCGGCAGAGACCAAGGAGACCAUAUUGAAGGGUGGCUACUAUACAGUUUCGCCAGAGAAGGGUUUCCGCAUCAUUGCGCUGAAUGGCAACGAUUGCUACACGGACAACUUCUGGCUGUAUCACAGCGGCAACAACAAGAUUCCUCAGCUGCAGUGGUUCCACGACACCUUGCUGGCCGCCGAGGCUGCCGGCGAGCAUGUCCAUGUCCUGAACCACAUACCCUCGGGCGACGGCACCUGUUGGUCGGUGUGGGCCCGGGAGUACAAUCGCUGCAUAACCCGCUUCCACAAGACCAUCAGUGGCAUUUUCAAUGGCCAUUCGCACAAGGAUGAGCUGAAUGUGCACUACUCUGAGGAAGGUCACGCUACAGCGGUUUCCUGGAAUGGCGGCGCCUUGACCACAUUUAGCUACAAGAAUCCCAACUACAGGGUAUACACUGUGAAUCCGGACACGUAUGAUGUGACCAACCAUCACACCUAUAUAUACGACCUGAAUGAAGCCAACAAGAAGCCCGCUGAGCAGCCCAAUUGGUUCCUCGAGUACGAGUUUGUCAAGGAGUUCACCGAAGAUCUGAGUCCUGCUGGCAUUGACAAGUUGCUGGAUGACUUUGCCGACAAGCCAGAGCUGAUGCGCAAGUAUUGGCGCUUCAGGGUCACCUCGGCGGAGCCCCAGUUGACCAGCGGCUGUGAUCGCAAUUGCUUGGCCGGCUCCCUUUGCCGCGCCGCCACGACAGUGAACAACCGGAAGGAGCGCUGCGAGGAGCUCAAGCAGCGUCUCUUCGAGGCCCUGGACAAUGAACCCGAGGAGAAGGAUGAUGGAGCGGCAGUGCUUGGCGCUUUGAGUAUUAGCUCACUCUUGGCCUUGGCUCUCGCCAUGCGGAUUGGCUUCUAGAGACUUUUAUCUGUAAUACACUAAUAAUAGCUUAUAUAAUCGCACAUACCAUUCUCUCAGUAUCGUGAUUAAGUACAAAAUCCAAAAUAUAUUCACAAACACACAUAU